UAACCAUCAAUCCCACCAUGGCCAUUUAACCUGGGUUACUUCUCUAGAGCCCACGCCUGGGAUUGUCUUCAACAAUAUUCAUUGGCCAGUGGACCAUCAGUCACACCGUUACUCUUUUGUCUGAAGAUCUUACCAACUUCAGUAGAAAGCACUCUAUUGUACACAAUGAGUAACAUGGUGACAGAGAUUUUGGCCUUUAUUCUCACCACGUCUGGCUGGGUCCUGAUCUCCUCCACCAUACCCACGGAUUACUGGAAGGUGUCCUCCCUGGACGGCACGGUCAUCACCACAGCUACCUUCUGGUCCAACCUGUGGAAGACCUGUGUCACUGAUUCAACAGGAGUCUCCAACUGCAAGGACUUUCCCUCCAUGCUGGCACUGGACGGCUACAUCCAGGCCUGCCGGGGUCUGAUGAUCACUGCUGUAUGUUUGGGCUUCUUUGGUGCUGUCUUCGCCUUGGUUGGAAUGAAGUGCACCAAGAUUGGGGGAUCAGACCAAAGCAAGGCCAGGACAGCUUGCAUCGCCGGGGUCAAUUUCAUACUCAGCGGUCUCUGCUCGUUGUCUGCAUGCUCCCUGUAUGCACACAGGAUAACAUCUGAGUUUUUUAAUCCCAUGUUUGUCGCUCAGAAGUAUGAACUGGGGGUUGCCUUGUUCAUUGGUUGGGCAGGAUCUAUUCUUUGUAUUCUGGGAGGGGUGAUACUCUGCUUCUCAAUAGCAGAUAGUUCCACUACAAGUCACACAGGCUAUGCCUACAGAGGAGCUACCUCUGCCUCUAAUGUUUCUUCUCACCCUAGAGGGCAUGCACAGCCCAUGAGCCAGAGGCCUCCACCAGAGUACAGUAGCUCUUCUAGAGUACAGCACUUUGAUAAGAAUGCCUAUGUGUAAGGGAUGAUAGGACAAAUGCAGAACCUGAACAGCGGCAUGGUCUAUAGAGGCCAAUUUACUGCCAUACCAGUUAAAAGGAGGAGAAAGAAUGUGUUACGUGACUGGCUGGCCCAUUGUGUCACAAAUUAUGACAGAUCAGAAAGAGAUCACUUUAUAUUGGAGUUGAUCCCCCUGUUCACCUAUUUAUGACAGCACUAAUUUCUAGUCCAAUGGAAAUCAGAGCUUUUUUGAGUUACCUACGCUGCGAAUCGAAAUAGUGUCAGUAAUAACCACUUUUCUGUACAAUUGUUGAUUUUUUUAUUUUCUUUUUUGAUAAUUGUUUGACAUUAAAGUGAGGAUGUGAACUGUUA